UGCCAGAAGAUUAGCGAUCGAGCAGAAACCUAACCAAAGGCUUUGUAAUGGACUCACCACCGAGGAAAAUCCCGCUGGGUGAUUUGUUCGGAGAAGAUUCGGAUAACGAGUCCCCAUCUCGUUCGAGAUCUUCGUCUUCCAACAAGGCUUCAUCAUCCUCGUCGCCGUCGUCUUCAUCUUCAUCGUCUUCGGCUGCAUCUUCUUCCAGAGGCGGAGACCCCCGCGACGCCGAAUCUGGCAGUUCAAGCAGAAGCGUAAGCAGCGGACGGAAGGAGGAGGAGCAUGGCAUAGAUGAAUUAGAGAGCUACAGGAAUGACGAUAAUGGCGGCGACAGGGGUUGUCAUGGCUACGAAGAAGAAGACGAGAAGGAUCUUUUUGGAUCUGAUAAUGAAGAUUACUGUAAGACCCCCGCAAUCAGCUCCUAUUCCAUCCCUGUGUUGCCUGCACAAUGGAACAAUAAUCACCACGGUGGAAGAGGGGGUCCUGGACGUGGACGUUGGCAGAAUGGUAGAGGGGGAGCUGGGCUUCUUCCCCGACCUGGGCCUUACCCUGGACGGCAGGGUCAUGGUUUUGGCUCAAGGUUUCAGUAUUAUCAACGUGAUGAGCGUUUUGUCUCUGAACUUAAGCUUUCAAAGAGCAAAGAAACAUUGGCAAGAAAAUCUACAGUCUUUCAGGAGCCGAUCGAGCUUGCUUGCUACAGUCGUGUAGAAGGUGGAGAAGUAUUCUUUGAUGAGCGGGGCUUGAGGCUUUUCAAGCGUCUCAUCUCUGAAGAGGUUGGAGCAGAUUUAAAUCAAGGUUAUGAUACCUUUACCGCGAAAAGAGACAUGGGCUCAGAGGGCUUUGGCGAUCUUCUUGACUGCAUCAGAGCGAAAAAUAUUACACUGGGGAACAUUCAUUUUGUGACAUUCCGUAAUAAUCUAAAUAAGAUUCUAGGUGCUGCUUAUAAUCGGCAUGAACCUUGGGAAAUGGGUGUACAUAAGAGGAAUGGUACAAUAUAUCUGGAUGUGCACAAGCUGCCUGAAAGGCCACAAACUGAUUUAGAUCGCCGCAGAUGCUACUGGGGUUACUGUUUUGAAAGCCUUUCCACAGAAGAUCCGGGGAGAGCAUAUGGAGAAGAGAUACAAAACGUGGAUGCAAACGUUGAAUAUUGUGGGGUUUUUAAAACUAAGCUAGGAGCUCACCGCGUUCUGAUGGGGGCUGAAAUGGAUUGUUGUGAUUCGACCGAUGAGGGAAGGAGGUUUUAUGUUGAGCUGAAAACCUCUCGUGAGCUGGAUGACCGUACAGUGGAGAGAUUUGAGAGAGACAAGCUGCUUAAGUUCUGGGACACGCGUGUGAUGCAGAUACAAUCAUUCCUAGCAGGUGUUCCGUACAUUGUUGUGGGAUUCAGGGAUGACGGAGGGAGGCUGGUACGGACAGAGAGACUGAGGACGAAAGAUAUAACGCACAGGGCCAGGUUGAAAAACUAUUGGCAGGGAGGAGUGUGUUUGGCAUUUGCGGAUGAGGUUCUUUGCUGGCUCUACGGCACCGUCAAAGACAACGAAGACUACAUACUUCAGUUCACGCAUCCGUUCACGAGGCUGGAGCUUCUUCAAGCGCAGUCUUGCCCUGACGUCAUCACUAACCAUCUCUCUUCUUAGUAGCUUCCUUUUUUCCUUUCUGGCCGUACAUGUCCCUUUGUUUGCUUCACCCUUUUAUCGUAAUAAAUUUUGGCUCUCUCCUCUCUGAGGACUACGAGAUGCUCUUUCCA